UACGGACAGACAGGCCUGAUGGACAGAGUCCAGCUGGCCAGUCAUGGCAGCUGCAAGCGGAACAGAUGUGCGAGGGACUUUGAUGUAGAGCGCCCGUAGCUAUUUUGGAGUCUGGACGUCCCGCUGCGCCGGAUUCAGCUCUCUGUACGGCCGGUGUUGUUUAAAAGGCGGCCAGCUGGACUCAUUAUUGGCCCUUAUCUCCCCCCCCCCGCACACCUCACAACACACCUGGCUGGUGCUCCGGCCCCAUUCAGAUCACCUCCACAUCAAGGCUGGCAAUGUCCAGAGCCCCAAGCCCCCCUCCCCCGGCAGAAAUGUCCAGCGGUCCUGUGGCUGAGAGCUGGUGUUAUACGCAGAUCAAAGUGGUGAGGUUCUCCUACAUGUGGACCAUCAACAACUUCAGCUUCUGUCGCGAGGAGAUGGGGGAAGUCGUCAAAAGCUCCACUUUCUCCUCCGGAGCCAACGACAAACUCAAAUGGUGUUUGCGUGUGAACCCUAAAGGUCUGGAUGAGGAGAGUAAAGACUAUCUUUCACUUUACUUGCUCUUAGACAGCUGCCCAAAAAGUGAAGUGCGUGCCAAGUUUAAGUUUUCUAUCCUCAGCGCCAAGGGAGAAGAGACCAAAGCCAUGGAGAGCCAGAGAGCGUACCGCUUUGUCCAGGGGAAAGACUGGGGUUUCAAGAAGUUCAUAAGGAGGGACUUCCUGCUGGACAAGGCCAACGGUCUGCUGCCUGAUGACAAAUUAACACUAUUCUGUGAGGUGAGCGUGGUACAGGACUCUGUGAACAUCUCAGCCCAGAACACAAUGGACAUGGUGAAGGUUCCCGACUGCCGGCUGGCCGAGGAGCUCGGAGAUCUGUGGGAAAACUCUAGAUUCACUGACUGCUCCCUGUGUGUUGCUGGACAGAAGUUCCAGGGGCACAAAGCCAUCUUGGCAGCUCGCUCGCCGGUGUUCAGUGCCAUGUUUGAGCACAAGAUGGAAGAGAGUAAGAAGAACCGCGUGGAGAUAAAUGACGUGGAGCCAGAUGUCUUCAAAGAGAUGAUGUGCUUCAUCUACACAGGCAAGGCCCCCAACCUGGACAAGAUGGCUGAUGACCUGCUGGCUGCAGCUGACAAGUAUGCUCUGGAGAGGCUGAAGGUGAUGUGCGAGGACGCUCUGUGCACGAGUCAGAGUGAGGAGAACUCCGCAGAGAUCCUCAUCCUCGCCGACCUGCGCUGCGCCGACCAGCUCAAGACUCAGGCCGUGGACUUCAUCAACUAGUCGGCCUGUGAUCCGGAGCCCCGCCGAAGACUAUCGACGUUCUCUGUGAGCCCCGAUGAACCAGUGACCGUCACCCCAGUGGGGUGUGAUUGAUAAAGACUUCCCCCAAUAACACACAGUUCAUUAGGAGCAGGUUAAUGGAGUGAAAUGCAAGAUAUCACUACGCAGGUCCCCUGGCUCCCUACAGCUCCAUUUCUGCUUAAUUAGACUCAUAGAUGAGUUUCUCUCGCUCCGUCCAUCUUGCUGAGUCUUUCCAUUUGCUCUUCUUCCUCUGUAGCCUCCUCUUCAAUCCGACAACCACCACAGAAGAAUACCUGGUCUGUACCUGUAAGUCACCAGGUCAGACCCUUUUCUAUCAGUGUUAUUUUGUCUCGGAUCAGCCCAUCUUAAACCCUUUGAUCUGGUGUUUUUUCUGCACCUGCAAAUAAAGCAUGGGGUGUUAUCUGCUGGCCCUUGUGUGAAAGGGUUAAUUGAUCUCAGUUCAGGGGUUAAUUGGCUCGAAGGGGCCUAACGCUGAGGGACCUGACCCCCUGGAGUUGCAAGGUCAGGGCUGAGGGGGGUCACCAGUGGAGAUGAGGCCCUGUCAGUCCAGUGUGACUAAGACAUCAAAGAGUUUGGCUGCAGGGAAGUCUUCAAGACGGCUGCUCUCUCCCACCCAUCUGACUGUGUGCACACACACAGAUUCACUGCUCAUUAUGAUGCAGGAGAUGCUGAUGAAAGAUGGGAAUGAGCUCAUCGACUUAGGAGGUUGCUUGAUCUCUCUCUCUCUCUUUCUUUCUUUUUUUAUUAGAUUAUUUCAGAAGCUAAACGUGUCUCUGUAUAAUGCGAGCCAGCCUCUUCAGUUGCCCGGGGUAUCAGGGAGCUCUCUGGGAGAGGAAACAGCAAACCCAUAAAGGGAGAUCCGCUCCCCAGCCCACAAUCUGAAGAAACAGCAACUACAAUAAAAAUGCCUUUUAAAACGGAGCACGUUCAUUCAUACACACACUUUCACUCCCGCACAUAAUUACAGGGCCAUAACUCAGUCUGUAUACUCUCUGGGGAGGAGCCAGACAAGCGGCAGCUAUUUUUUACUCACUUGAAGAAAGAAAAAAGGCUGUGUGCUGAGAUACCCAUCAUUUGACACCCAGGAUCGACUUAUCUUAUAAUGUCGUUUCACAGAAGACUCGUCAGCAUGACAAAUAGGAAUGCAUGUUUGUGUAUUUUCUUUUUAUUCCGCUUUCCUGCCAAACUCCCAACAAUUGUGCUCAAUCAUUGCAUUGCUCAACACGUAAUCCUAUUUCACAGUGUAAUUCAGUUUGAAUGAGGAGCUGCAGGCAACAGACAGCCUGGUGAGAUGUCAGAGAUCUGGACUGCAGGGUUCAUAGAUGAGUAUUGGCUGCCCUCUUGUGUUUUGUUGUCUGUUCUGCAGCCCCAGAAUGGAGGCACAGCUUCAGAAGCGGUGGUAGUAACGGGUGAUGCAGGUUCUUUAAAGGGUCAGUUUCACCCAAAUGUCAAAUAGCCCAAGUGUUAUUUAAGCGUGCAGAUAGUUUGGGUUUUAUUUGUUCGGGUUUUGAGAUAUCCGGCGCUGUGAUUGGUUUUCUGCGACCCCUAAACAAAGGAAGUGGGUUUAGUUUAGUUUGAGGUGCUCACAGCAUUGCACAUUUACAUUUAAAAUUCAACUGCAGCAUCCCUUUCCAGAAUAAGUGUACUCGUAUCCAUAGUAAACAAAUUCAGCAGUUUGAGCACUCAUACUUAUGUACUUACACACACUUUCAUAAAGUCCACAACACUUUGUUCAAAGGGAUAACCCAGAGUAAAUAGUACUAUGACGUAAGAAAGAGACAAUACAAGAUACAGAACUUUUAAGUAUAAAGCUUUGGACUUAUUUGGUCCAACAGUUAGUGACAGUUUGUCUUACAAACAGGAAAAGACCAAAAAACUCUGCUGUUCAGUGAAAAACUUGCUUUUCACAUUGCAUAUUCUUAGCCCAGGGCUAUCCUUACUGGACUAAGAGUAGACCCUCGGAUAAUUUAGCCCCUUUACACACACACACACACACACACAUUGUUAACCCAAACUUAACCUUAGCUCAGGGCUAUACGAUUCCCACUGCACUUCUACCAGCACUCAGUUAAAUGUUUGAUGGAACACUUGACUAGUGUUUACGUUCUCGAAUGUGAGAACGUAAACACUGAAGUGAUUGGACAACAAAAGAAGUGACGCAAAUUACAUCCUUUACUCAAAUCCUGUUUCACACAGGCAACUUUUAGCCGCGUGUUAAGUUGAUUUUUAAAAGAUAAGGCAGCAAUCUGGAGGCUAACCACUGCUCCAGAGCAGGGCCAGCAAGCCCUGGGCUAAAGUCAGGGUUAUCCCGCUUUGCUGAAGAUUCAGAUGAUGUCGAAUAAAGUCUGUGAGGAUUUAGGGCUUCGUGGGACACUAGAACUGGGCCUAUUUCUCCUGUAAAAACUAGAUCCAAGAAAUAAAAAUGGUUCACAAUAGUAUUAUGAGCAACCAGGACAUAGUUUCUGGAAAUGUGCGUUGCUGUUGAUUUUUUUUAUAGAGUCACUUUUAAAUGCUUUAAGCAGGACAAGAUGGGUUCCAUUCACCUUUAUUAUUAAGGGAUUGCGGAAAUGUCACACACAAUUAUCUCAAAACCUGGUGUGAUGAAACCAAAAAUAUGUGGAUACCACAAGUGCUAAGUGAGAAAAUAUGUUUCAUGUCAUUUGGGUGAACUGCCCUUUAAAUACCCCCAAACGAGUCACCCCCAGUGAAUCAGACUUACACAUUCUUAGUUUUGUUUUUGUUUCACAUUUUUCUGAUGUUGCGGACUAUAUUUAUAUUUGCAGAUUGUUCCCACAGUGCUUGUUCAUAUGUGAUACAGAUGUGCUUGUAGCUUGAAGUAUUGCGUGUAUCCAGAUGUGACUGAAGAGUGAGGAAUCAUUUUGAGCUCUUGAGGCCACUAGGGGGUGCUGUAAUCAAAGGAAACCACGUAGGAGUUCAUGAACACCUCUGGCUCUGUGGACUCCUCUUGCAUGGAUAUCAGUAACCAUCGUCAAACAUCAGAGACUGAUGUCUGACAACAACAACAAGGUGUUGUGUUUUCUUUGCUGCAACUAUUUCCUCUAUUGUGAGGAGCACAUUGUCUGAAAGGAAAAAAAUCUGUCUAUUUCUGGUCUAGGACAUAUAGAUCGUAUCAAGCUUCAAGUCUGGAACAUAUCUAUCUUGUUUCAGUGUGACUCAAUCCUGCACCAUCUGUAUACCACAGUUCUAGUAAGAGAGAGGGAAUUCACUGUGAAGACAUGUCAGAUUAACACCGGUUACUUUCUCUUUCUAUGUCCCAGCUUUUUUCCUUAAUCUUCAAUCCCCAGAUAUAAAUAUUUGAGGCACUUCAGGCUUACAAUGGACUGAUUGAAUCUCCAUGAGCUGCUCUGUGACAGAGCGGUCAAUCACCGUGUCCUCUGCUAAUCAAUGUCUUUCUUGAAAAGAGGACAUGGGCACGAUAAGAGAACGGGUCAGGAGGGAAGUAGGAGUGAUGACAGACGCUGGCACUAGAAAUAUAGAGGGGCGAGGGAUGAAGGGAGGUUUAAAUGUGGAUUGAGGGAUGAAAAGAGGUCUGGAUGAAUGGAGGAGAAUCAAAUCUCCAGCUCUGGGGAGGUCUACGCACUCAGGAGCCAUUAAUCCGGCACAGAUCCCCCUUUUCUUUAUGUUUCAUUUCCUCCUUGUUCCUUGAGAAAAAAAAAAAGUCUUUAGUUUUCUAAUAUUCUCUUAUCAACUGUUCGAUCAUUACGUUUUGAAUAUGGCUUCUGUAUUUUAAUACCUGUGUAUAUUUUCUCUCCCUCGUUCCCACUAGAAAACAUUUUCCGAAGUUGAGUAUUCUCCUUCUAGCUCUGCUUUGGGAUCGGAUGUUAACUUUAAAUGUACCACAACGAGUUAAUUGAGUUGGAAGGAAGGGAUGCACGUUUGGGAAUUGUCAGCUUUAUAAUUCCCCCUUUCUUUCCUUCUUGAAGAGGAGUGGAUUACUUCCAGACCUUGACAAGGAGACUCAGAAACAGAUGCAUGGUUCCAUUGAAAUGCUUCUCCAAAUGCUUCUCGCCACACUCGUGGUGAGGAUUGUUGACCAGUCUGUUGGUCCAGAAUGAAAUGUCUUGACAACAAAUGGGUUGCUAUCAAAUUUAUAAAUCAUGUAUAAAUAUUCAUGGUCCCCAGAAGGAUAGAGACUUCGCCCCUCUACUUUCAUCCAUUGUCACAAACAAGUCAACACUUCAGUUCAUGACGGGACACUUCUAACAGCGAAAUUGCCACAUGUUUCACACCAGCAUUAUGAUAUCCCAUAGCUGUUCACAUGAAUGUAAACAUGCCAAUUGUUGGCACAGCAUCUGCUUAGCAGGCUUGUGGCUGAGCCUAAGCACAGCUGUCAAAUUUCAGUUUAGAGUUAUCAGCUAUAAUUGAAUGAGGGCAGACCAAUUGGAAGAGUAUCCCAUACAUUAAGGUCAUCAGCAGAGAAAGCAUCUUCAUAAAGCGUCCUCAGAAGAAAGGAGAUAGAACACGAUCACCCAGGCAUAGCGGCAAGGGGGCGCUGGAGCUCCUACGAAAAAAGGACCAAAAUUCCUCUUUUUUAAGCAAACGUUUAUGUGAAAGUAAAGCAAACAAUAUCCAUACAUAUUAAAAUAUAAAUAGGCUAAUUAAUCAAGCC